AAACCCUAUAUAUCACUCCCACACUCCUUUCCUCUCUCCCCUUUUCUCUCUCCUCCUCUCUUUCUGCCGAAUGAAGCAUAAUUCCUCUAUUUCCGUCGUCGUCCGCCGUCUUAUUCCGAUCUUCCGACGACAAAUUCACUAUGAAGCGUAGCGCCUCCGAGUUGGCUCUUGAAGAAUUCCUCAAAAGAGCCGCCACGAUCUCUCCCCGCGACGUUAUCGACCCCGAUGACGACAUUUUCAAAAUCGAACAACGCGAUCAACAAGUCGUUAGAAGCCCUAAAAGAGGCAAAAACUUUCAGGAUUCCACCGAUGCCACCUGCUUCUUUGGCGACAUCGAUUUCAGCUAUUUCUUUGUAAAAAAUAAUCGGUUGCAGGAGAUAAUGGACGCAAUUGUUAACUGUGGGGGUGGGCUGGCGGAGGCUUCUUUAUGGUCACAGAAUCUUACUCAUAAGCAUUCAAGCUUUUCACCCACUAUAGAUUCUCAAUCUUCUAUUGUGAGUAGCCCAACAUCAGCCAGUAAUUUGAUGGGCAGAGAUCACCAAAGAGGUAACAAUAGUGGAUCCUCUGAAGAUCAAUCUGAUGAUGAAAUUGAAGCUGGCUCUUGUGAACAAAGCACUGACCCUCUUGCUUUGAAGAGAAUCAGAAGAAUGAUCUCUAAUAGGGACUCUGCAAGAAGAUCAAGAAAAAGAAAACAAGCUCAUUUGGCUGAACUUGAGAACCAGGUGAAACAAUUGAAAGGAGAAAAUGAAACCUUGUUCAACCAGCUUUUAGAUGCCAGUCAACAAUAUCGUGAUGCUAAUACGAACAACCGUGUCCUUAAAUCAGACGUAGACGCAUUGAGAGCUAAGGUGAAGUUGGCUGAAGAUACACUUGCUAGGGGCUCAAUGACCUGCAGCUUAAAUCAGCUGCUGCAAAGUCAUUUGAGCACGCCGCAACCACUAACGGCGCUUCGGAGAAUGUCGAAUGUUGCAUCACCACUCGGUCUACCUGGAGAUGACGUUUCUUAUUCGGGUGUGACGAUGUCGGGGCAGAACCCGACCGCAGGGCUCCCGAACUCAGAUAUGCAUAUGAAAAGUGGAAUGGGUAGUGAGGCUGUUAGCUGUGUUUCUGGGAUAUGGCCUAGAAAUUAGCCUUUCCUCUCUUUGCCUUUCAACACCAGCAUUGUUUUAUCACUGUCAUGUGUUUGGCUUGGCUUGUAUGAUAGAUAGUACUUCAGACUUCUCCCUUUCUGUUUGCUGUGUUAAUUUUCAACAAGGCAUUUCUCAUUUGCUUGCUUUUUAUGGUCAUUAUGAAUUCCCGUUUUACUC